CUGGAAAUGGCUGCCAAUUUCUUCAGUAAUAAAGCCCGGGCUGCAGCAGCAGCUUCGGGCACCCCCAAGCAGAAGCCAACCGACGGAAAGGAUGAGCAGAAUCGACUGCAGCCAUGGGUUGAGAAAUAUCGCCCCAAAACUCUCGAUGAUGUCGCCGCACAAGACCACACAACAAAGGUCCUUCAGCGCACAUUGCAAGCUUCUAAUCUCCCCCAUAUGCUCUUCUAUGGUCCUCCCGGUACCGGUAAAACCUCCACAAUUCUUGCUCUUGCAAAAUCGCUUUUCGGUCCUACCCUCUAUCGCUCUCGUAUCCUUGAGUUGAACGCUUCGGAUGAACGUGGUAUCGGGAUUGUGCGCGACAAGAUCAAGAACUUCGCUCGUGCUCAACUCAGUCACUCGACGGGCAUGGGCGCCGAAUACCUCGCCAAAUACCCGUGCCCUCCAUUCAAGAUCAUCAUCCUUGACGAGGCGGACAGUAUGACACAGGACGCGCAGUCAGCUCUCCGUCGCACCAUGGAGCAGUACAGUCGGAUUACCCGAUUCUGUUUGGUCUGUAACUAUGUAACUCGCAUCAUUGAACCGCUGGCGAGUCGAUGCAGCAAGUUCAGAUUCAAGGCUCUGGACAACACAGCGGCAGGGGAUAGGCUGGUGCAGAUUGCUAAACUGGAGAACCUGAGAUUGGAAGAGGGCGUGAUAGACAAGUUGAUUAGCUGCAGUGAGGGUGAUCUGCGACGGGCCAUAACCUAUUUGCAGAGUGCGGCCAAGCUGGUCGGGGCUGGUCUGGCCGACAAGAAGGACGGAGAUGAUGACACGGAAAUGGUGGAUGAUAGUUCGGACCAGAUCACUGUUCGGACCAUCGAGGAAAUUGCCGGUGUCGUUCCUGAAAGCGUCUUGGACGAUCUAGUACAGGCGCUGCAGCCGAAGAAGAUCGGAUCGUCCUAUGAUGCGGUUUCUAAGGUGGUUACGGAUAUCACUGCCGAUGGAUGGAGUGGCACUCAGCUCCUCCUACAGCUGUACCGACGCAUGGUUUACAACGACGCCAUUCCAGAUAUCCAGAAGAAUAAGAUCGUGACGGUUUUCUCAGAGAUGGAUCGUCGUCUUGUCGAUGGAGCUGACGAGCAUUUGACUAUACUCGAUGUCGCACUCAAGAUCUCCGGCAUCCUCGGCGGUGCUUAGUCGUGAGAGAUUCCGCUAUUCGACUAAUUUCUCUAAGCCCUGAGCGACAUUAUUCCUAUGCAGGUCUCGCUGGUAGUCUAUGGGCACAGAACUGGCGAGAUCGUUCAUCAUUGACACGGCACAGAUGAUCACAGAAUGCCGGCUUACUGAAGCUAUCGCAGAUGACAUCUUCUUCCUUGCAUCACUUCCAGUAGCACGGAAGUAUGGAGGAGCCGUUACCAGCGGAAGACACUCGGACACGCUCACUAGAUUCGAUUCUACCAUGUGGAGUGAAUCCAAAAAUUAUGACUGUAUGAGAUAUAAUGAACAGGUCAAAGGC